AUGAAUCCGAGCGUUCCUCCUGCCACAACACCAACACCGUCACAACCGCUGCCUGAGACAAUUAAACAAGAACCAUCGAUAACAAUAUCGUCAUUUACGACAACUGAAACAACAACAGAUAUUCCUGCCAUUAAAACUGAGGAGUUGUUUAAUGAAUUUUACACAGAAGUUCUCCAAAUUGAUCCAAAUUUAGCAUUUGAAGAUAUUGCAAAACAAUACCGAAAACUAUCAAUGCUUGUUCAUCCCGAUAAAAAUCCAAAUCAGCCAGAACGAGCACAAGUAGCAUUUGAAGCUGUUAAUAAAGCAUAUAAAUUACUGGAAGAUGAAAAAGAAAGAAAAAAAUGUCUUGAAGUUGUUGAUGAAGCGAAAGAACGAGUAGAAGAAAUGUAUAAACGGGCCCUUUGGUCAAUGACAUGUAAAUUAUUUGCUGAUAUUGAGAGACUUCGUGUGCGUGAAGAAGAACGAAAAGCAGAAGAACGAAAACGAAAAGCUGAAGAAAAAGCCGACGGUGAAGAAAAGGCUAAAUUAAGAAAGGAAUGGGACAAGAACUACGAAGAGAGUCGUGAAGUUCGAGUGAAUAGUUGGAAGUCAUUUCAGACAACAGCUAAAACAAAAACAGCCGCAAAAGGAAAGCCAACAACAACGCUAUUCAAACCGCCAAAACCCAAACCAGAAACUCGAUAA